CUCAGCCAUGCCGGGGAAGAGGCACUUCUGUUUCCCAGGCAUGCCUGUUGUGUGGAGAGUCCUUCUGUUGUGGGUUUGCGUCUACAUCUGCCUUCCCGCUAAGGCCCGGGGAGCUCUGCUCGUUUCCAGGAGUGAUGCUCUGCCACAGGAGACCCAAGAAACUAUGGCAACCAGGUCAAUAAAGAGAAGAAGCACAAACUCUACAAACGUGGUGGAGGUGUACAGUGUCACCGUGGAGUGCACGGUGACGUCUCGUUUCACCCACACCGUCAUGACCUCCAAGGCUCUGAACAAAGCACACUCCUCGCAGGAAAUCUUCUUUGAGGUGGACCUGCCCAAGACCGCCUUCAUCACCAACUUCAGCAUGGAGAUUGAAGGUCAGGUGUAUGUCGGGGAGGUGAAGGAGAAAGAGAAAGCUAAGAAAGAGUAUGAGAAGGCUGUUUCGUCUGGAAAGACUGCUGGACUGGUCAAGGCCUCUGGGAGAAAGAUGGAGGUGUUUUCAGUGUCUGUCAACAUAGCAGCCAACAAUAAAGUGGUUUUUAUUCUGACCUAUGAGGAACUCCUUCAGAGGAAACUGGGCCAGUAUGAGAUCGUGACUCGAGUUAAACCGAAACAGCCGGUGCAGGACUUUCAGAUUGUAGCCAACAUCUACGAGCCUCAGGGCUUCACUUUUCUUGAUGCCUCAGCAACUUUCCUCACCAAUGACCUGCUUUCCCUGGUGGAGAAAACAGUUACUGGCACAAAGGCCCGCAUUUCUUUCUCGCCAACACUGGAUCAGCAGAGAGUGUGUCCAGAAUGUGAGGGGAGCAUAAUCGACGGAGAUUUCCUCAUCAACUACGAUGUGAAAAGAGAGGAGGGCCUGGGAGAAGUUCAGAUUGUGAAUGGAUACUUUGUGCACUUCUUUGCUCCCCCUGACCUGCGCAGAGUCCCAAAGAAUGUGGCGUUUGUGAUUGACAGGAGCGGAUCAAUGAGUGGAAGAAAGAUGGCACAGACGAGGGACGCAUUGGUUGCUAUUCUGGAAGACCUCCAUGUGGAGGACCACUUUGCUCUCAUCGUGUUUGACAACCACAUUAUCACCUGGAAGAACUCGCUUACUAAAGCAACAAAGGAAAAUGUGGUUGAAGCCAUUGCCUACGUCAGGAAGAUAAGAGACAAUGGAUCCACCGAUAUCAAUGCCGCCGUACUGAGGGCAGUGAGCAUGCUGUUGAAAGAAAGAGAAGAGAGGACACGUCCAGAGAGGAGUGUGGAUAUGAUUAUUUUACUGACUGAUGGGAUGCCAAACAGCGGUGUCUCUGUCCCCAAAAUGAUCCAAACGAAUGUGCAUGAUGCUAUCCAGGGGAAGAUGUCUCUGUUCUGUCUUGGAUUUGGAAAUAAUGUGGAUUACUCCUUCCUGGAUGUGAUGAGCAGACAAAAUAAGGGACUGGCCCGCAGAAUAUAUGAAGCUUCAGAUUCUGCUAUUCAACUCCAGGGUUUCUUUGAGGAGGUUUCCAACCCUCUGCUCUUGGAAGUGGACCUGCGUUAUCCUGACAAUGCAGUGGACUCGUUGACCAAAAACCACUUCAGCCAGUUGUUUAAUGGCUCAGAGAUCGUGGUGUCCGGUCGGCUGAGCGGCAAUGACAUGGAUAAUUUCCUGGUGGAAGUGCUUGGCCAGGGGCCUGAUAAAGACUUACAAGUGCAGGGAAAUGCCAAUGUGGUAAACUGGGAGGUGACCUACCCAGAGCAAGAGUACAUCUUUGGGGAUUUUGCUGAGCGUUUGUGGGCCUACCUCACCAUCCAGCAGUUACUGGAGAACAGUGACCUUGGUACUCAGCAAGAGAAAGAUGCUACAACAGCUAAGGUUUUGAACAUGUCCCUGCAGUACAGCUUUGUCACCCCGCUCACCUCCAUGGUGGUCACCAAGCCUGAAACCGAGGACGGACCUAACAGCCCUCUCAUUGCUGACAAGCUGACUGAGAGCCAGCGACAGGAAGCAGAGAGACGCCAGGGUACAUCUCAAAAAGUCGCAUUCCAUCCGGGUACAUCUCACAAAACUGCAUCCAUCCGAACUGCAUCUCGCCAGAGUUCAUCUAGUCGUGGUUCCUCAGGCUCAGGUCGUGCUGCCAGUUCUCGUAGUCAUGCAGAUGUGGAUGGAGAUCCUCAUUUCAUGAUAGAGCUGCCAGAGAGAAAGGACGCACUGUGCUUCAACAUUAACGACAAACCAGGAACCAUUUUCACUCUGGUCAAAGACGCCAAAUCAGGCUUUUUGGUGAAUGGCCAAAUUAUUGGCAAGAAGAAAGUUGUUCCAAACGGUAAAACCAACACCUACUUUGGGCGUUUUGGUAUCAGGCACCGGAAGCUGGGAGUGAGUCUGGAGGUGAACACUCAGGAUAUCUCCGUCUUCCACAAUGGCAAACAUGUCAAGAUGCUGUGGUCUGAUACAACCUCUAUCAAAGAAAAAAACAUGGACCUCAAGUUAACAAAGAACUGCAGCCUGACCCUGACCCUGAAACACUUCAUUAAAUUGACGGUGGUCAAACACACAAAGAAAUGGAAGAGACUCCAGGAGGAGCAGGACUACCUGGGCUUCUACACACUGGACAGCCACCAUGUGUCUGCUUCAGUUCAUGGCCUGCUAGGUCAGUUCUACCAUGGGGUUGAGUUUGAGGUGAAAGACCUGCGUCCAGGUGACCUCCAGGAGAAAUUAGAUGCCACCAUGUAUGUGAAGGGACAAGCAGUCAACGUGACAAGACACUGGCAGAAGGACUUCAGCCAGGACAUGAAGAAUGGAGAAAGUAUUCCCUGCUGGUUUUUCGACAACGAUGGAGAAGGCCUCAUUGAUGGAAGAGCCUCAGACUACAUUGUGUCAGGGCUUUAUAAGACCAUUUGAAUCUUAAAAUUUGAAUUAGAAUUGUACUUGGGUCACUCUAAGGUGAUGGUGACAGUGUUGUGAUGUGACAAAUAGCAGAUUAUCACGACUUGUGUGUCAUCACUCAACUAUUAUGCACAUGCAGACACAAAACUUAUUAAAACAACAGGGACACUGACAUAUUUAUUUGAAAAUAAUACAAAAUGAUAAUUUGUGAUCCAGCUCUAGCAUCAUUAAUGCUAUUUUUAGAUAACUGAACAGUUAUCUCUCAACGGUUAACUUUUAAACUUAAUAGCUGGACAUUAUUCAGUAGAUAUUUCUCACAACUCAGUAUUGCCUUUAAUCAUAUAACUGUGACAUGGGCAGAUAAUAACAAUGCCAAUGUGUGCAACUUGUGUAAAGCCUGACUGCAAUGUUAAGUGUUUUUUAUAGAUUCACUAAUGACUUAAAUAUUACAGUUGAUAAAGCUUUAUCUGCACUGUUCGUCUGCUUAUGUACCCAAAUAAACUCUGUUUACAUGUCCAAAAUAAAUAUUUCUCUAUGUAAAAA